AUGGCAGAAUAUAUUCAACAGCCCAUGGAAUAUACUUGUCCAAGAGAUUUUGAUCCUGUGACACACACAAUGUGUUGUCAUGAUGGAAACUGUUGUGAGCCAACAUUAGUGUCGAUGGCUCCGUCCAAUGAUUGGAUAAUAAUGGUCACAGCUAUUUUAGUUAUAUGUUCUUGCCUUGUGCUUACAGUUUUAGCUGUAGUUUGUUGUUUUUGGAGUAAAUGUCCACUUUACAAUGCUUGCAGAGCCAAUUACAGUACCAGUAAUGUUAUAGUAUAUUCAUUGGGUAAAGAAGAUCCGACACCUCUUAUGCCGGCAGAAGAUGGUAAAGGAGGUCAAUAUAAGCCGCAACCGGUCAAAAUAAAAAUAAUGCAAGAUGUUUAA